AGGGGGGAGUGGGGAAGGGCUAGGCGGCUGCGCAGACGGCGCGCCUCGCACAGAGCAGCCCCCGACCCGGCCGAAUGCGGGCUUGUGCCGCCGCCGUCGCCGCCGCCAGGGCCGAGUGACAAAGGAAGGCAGGCAGCGAGGAGGAGCCGGCCCUGCAGCCGCUGUCAGGGCUUCGGGCUCCGGGCACAGCGCGGACACUUCCUGAGCAGCCGCUGAGCAGAAAGCGAGGGGCGGAGGCCGGCCGUGCCGGGGCCGCGGACGGGGGAGGGGACCCCGAGGGACGGAAGCGGUUGCCGGGUUCCCAUGUCCCCGGCGUAUGGGGAGCAGUCAAGGAGCCGCUGCCUGGGGUCUGAAGGGAGCUGCUGCCUCCGCCGCCGCCGCCAUCGCCAUGGCCGCUGGAUCCAGCCACCGCCUGCAGCUGCUCCUGGCGCAAUGAGGAGAGGAGCCGCCGUCACCGUCGUCACCGCCCGCCGCUGACUCGCGACUCCGCUGCCCUCCGGUUCACCCGGCCGCCGCCGCCGCCGCCGUCAGACCGCCGGAUCCCGCAGCCGCCGGAGCCGCAGCGUUUGCCGUCGCAUCUCCGAGCCAUCUCCUCCCUCCUUCCCAUCCCCCUUCUCUUCAAGCGUGAGGCUCGUGAUCCUUCCGCCGCUUCCCUUCUUCAUUGACUCGGAAAAAAAAAAUCCCCGAGGAAAAUAUAAUACUCAGAGUACUUAUUUUCAAUCAAGUAUUUGCCCUCGUUCACGUGAUAUAUAUAUAUAUUUUUAAGGAUUCCACUCCACCCUUUUUCUCCCCUCCCACGAGAGGGAGGUAAAAGAAUUGUAUUUUUCCCCCCAGCCCUAAAUCAUCUAUGUGUUAAAUAUCAGUACUGAUCUGUCUUGAAGGAGAAAUACAUCGCUCUCAAUUUUUUUUUUUAAUUAAAUAGCUAUACAAAAGGAGUGAAAAGCCAAGAGGACGGAGUCUUUUUUUUUUCUUUCUCUUUCUUGCGGGAGAACUUAAUGCUGCAUUUAUCAUUAACCUAGUACCCUAAUAUAAAACAAAAGGAAGAAAAGGAUUAAGGAAGGAAAAGGUGAUUCAAGAAGAGCCAUCAUGUCGGGGCGACCGAGAACCACCUCCUUUGCAGAGAGCUGCAAGCCCGUGCAGCAGCCUUCAGCUUUUGGUAGCAUGAAAGUUAGCAGAGACAAAGAUGGCAGCAAGGUGACCACAGUGGUGGCAACCCCUGGACAGGGGCCUGACAGGCCACAGGAAGUCAGUUAUACAGACACUAAAGUCAUUGGAAAUGGAUCAUUUGGUGUGGUGUACCAAGCCAAACUUUGCGAUUCAGGAGAACUGGUUGCCAUCAAGAAAGUUUUGCAGGACAAGCGAUUUAAGAACCGAGAGCUCCAGAUCAUGAGAAAGCUAGAUCAUUGUAACAUAGUCCGAUUGCGGUAUUUCUUCUACUCGAGUGGUGAGAAGAAAGAUGAGGUCUACCUUAAUCUGGUGCUGGACUAUGUUCCCGAAACAGUGUACAGAGUUGCCAGACACUAUAGUCGAGCCAAACAGACACUCCCUGUGAUCUAUGUCAAGUUGUAUAUGUAUCAGCUGUUCAGAAGUUUAGCCUAUAUCCAUUCCUUUGGAAUCUGCCAUCGAGACAUUAAACCGCAGAACCUCUUGCUGGAUCCUGAUACAGCUGUAUUAAAGCUCUGUGACUUUGGAAGUGCAAAGCAGCUGGUCCGAGGAGAACCCAAUGUUUCAUAUAUCUGUUCUCGGUACUAUAGGGCCCCAGAGUUGAUCUUUGGAGCCACUGAUUAUACCUCUAGUAUAGAUGUAUGGUCUGCAGGCUGUGUGCUGGCUGAGCUGUUGCUAGGACAACCAAUAUUUCCUGGAGACAGUGGUGUGGAUCAGUUGGUGGAAAUAAUCAAGGUCCUGGGAACACCAACAAGGGAGCAAAUUAGAGAAAUGAACCCAAAUUAUACAGAAUUCAAAUUCCCUCAGAUUAAGGCACAUCCUUGGACAAAGGACUCGUCAGGAACAGGACAUUUCACCCCAGGAGUACGGGUCUUCCGGCCCCGAACUCCACCAGAGGCGAUUGCGCUGUGUAGCCGUCUCCUGGAGUAUACACCAACCGCCCGAUUAACACCACUGGAAGCUUGUGCACAUUCAUUUUUUGAUGAAUUACGGGACCCAAAUGUCAAACUACCAAAUGGACGAGACACACCUGCACUCUUCAACUUUACCACUCAAGAACUGUCAAGCAAUCCACCUCUGGCCACCAUCCUAAUCCCUCCCCACGCUCGGAUUCAAGCAGCUGCUUCCACCCCUACGAACGCCACAGCAGCCUCAGAUACUAAUGCUGGAGACCGUGGACAGACCAAUAAUGCCGCUUCUGCAUCAGCUUCCAACUCCACCUGAACAGCCCCAAGUAGCCAGCUGCGCAGGGAAAACCAGCAGUUACUUGAGCGGCACUCAGCAACACUGGUCACGUUUGGAAAGAAAAUUAAAAAGAGGAAAAAAAAAAACAAAAACAAAAAACCCUGUUCAUUUUAGUGUUCAAUUUUUUUAUUACUGUUGUUCUUAUUUAACCUUGUAAAAUAUCUAUAAAUACAAACCAGUUUCAUUGUGUUCCCACUUUUCAAGAGAUCCAAGGGGUAGGAGGGGUGGGGGUGGGGGGAGGAGCAGAGCGCCAGAACACACAAUCUCUCCCACGACAAUCUUUCUUUUUCUUUUCUUUUUUUUUUAAUCAGACGUCUGCUGUUGUAUACCUUAAAAACCAGACUCCUGCCUCAUGCCCCCACCACGACAGAAGAAAACCUGUUCUGUGCUGGUUUCUUUUCUGAAUUUGUUUCCUUUUCAAGUCUGGUAUAAGACUUUGAUACAGUGCACAGCUUGAAAUUGGUUGGGAGCUUAGCGGGUGUACUCAACAGGGACUUAAUGUCACUUGUAUAAUGUGUAUGUAUCCUCGGGGAUUUGAAGCCUUGCCUUUGGCAUGUUGGUGGCAGGUGUGACAGACCAAAAAAAAAAAAAAAAAAAAACAAAAGAGAGAGAGAGAAGAAAUGUGUAUUGUUCGUAGCCCAGGGAGGUCACUAAAGUCUGAAGCUCUAAGGGAAGAUUUGUGAUUGAUUAUCUAAGGUUUGUUUUGCUCUUGACCAGUGCGAGCGAGCGAGUGUUGCAGCUGCUGACUUAGGAAGGCUGCUGGAGAGAGAGCAGCAGUCUGCGUGCCCCGGGGUGGAUCUUGGGUCACCUGACCAAAGGCUGUCUGCACAUCUUCGUAUUGUUUUUAGCUGGUGCCCCAAGAUGAGGCUGCACGUGAUGUUGAGUGCGCAGCUCGGGGUGCAUCAGGAGGCAGAUGUCAGGAAGGCAGCAGGCCAGAGCCAGAUCUCACCACUGUGAAUGAGUUUGUCCAGAGUUUCCUAAAGUUAUUUCCCUUAGAAAAAUACACUUGAGAGAAGACAUUAUAGCUAACUAAUGUGAACUGUAACAGUCUACUGCUCUAUUUUUUCAUAUUUUAAUUGAAAAUCAAGCUUGCAAGAAUUUCCACAUUCUUACACAUAGUUCUAAUUUUAAAUCCAAAUCUAGACUGUGUAUUUAAUUUCUGCUUUUUUAACAUCAUGCUUUUAAAAUUUAUUUAUUGAUGCAUGUCAGAUAAGCCAUUCUGAUUUUAAAUGGUAGGCAUAUUCAAAACCACACAUCAAAAUGAUAAAGUCACCUGUACCUGCUGACUUUAUAGGAAAACUGAUAAAAUAUCAAUGUGUAUAUAUAUGUUAUAUAUACAUAUAUUCAUUACUGCCUUUUCUUUUUGUCUACAGUAUCAAAAUUGACUGACUGAAUCAUGAAAAGAAUGUUCCCUCAACCAUUAAGAGUUUUGUUUUAGUUUUCUUUGUUUAUCAGUGAAUGGUGUAAGAAUCAGUCUCUUGUUUUUUGAAGAAAAAGCAAUAUUCCUUGGAAAGCAAGGAGGAUUGAAGGAGUACGUUUGAGUGAGGAACAGAAUUCAUAACUAGUUUGUUGAUCCUUUUAAGGUUGGUAUCUUUGUGGGCCUUAUAUACUCUAAAAUGAACCUUGGUGCUUAUGGGCCAUUACUUGACCUACGAAUCUUUAAGGCACAAUCAGUUACCUUUUACAUUUAAAGAUCACUGAGUGAUGGCCGCCCUUUCCUUCCUUCCCCUUCGUCCCCACGCAUCUGCGAAGGUCAGCUGACGGCGAGGACUGCAGAGCCCUUGGUUGUGUGACCACCCCAAGUCGUGUGGGGGUCCCGCCCUCCAGGUGGUUGGGAAGAGGGGUCUCUCGGCAGCCCUCGUUCAGGCCCCAGUACCCUGUCAUGCCUCCUGACCGUGUGUGCGCGACUCUCCAAGAGAGCUGUGCAGCCUCCGGAAUGAGUCGAUACCUAGAGAGACAGACCGCGGGGGCCAUCUGACUCGUACUCACUGCACAGCGAAGCUCUUUGGGCCACAAAGGGGUUUCUCAAACCUCGGCUUAUAUCAGAGUUCACAAGAAAGGAAGCAUGCUCAGUCAAACCAAAUCAAGCAAAUAGGCUUUUACCUUUGUGAAGUGCUUCUGAGAGAGAAUUACAGUUUGAAGGAAUUCUGAAGUCAAAGUAUUGGGCAGCAUAGUUCCUUGAAGAGGUGACGUGGAAGGCCAUUUUCAGAAAGACUUUGUAAAGAAUCUGGACAGGCAGGUCUGUGGCCUAAGAGGGGGAACCCGCUUGCAGAUUAAACUGCCCAGCCAGACACAGACACUACUCCGGACUUGGUGUACUUGCUAGAGUCCAUAAAAAAUCAGUGCUUGUUUUAGCAAAUAUUCCCCACCCCAACCCCCAGAUAGGGUAAGAGAAGAGUAGAGGAAAGUCAGGUGCUUUUCUCGAACGUGUGUGUGUGUGUGUGUGUGUGUGUGUGUGUGUGUGUGUGUGUGUGUGUGUGUGUGUGUGUCGGCGCAUGCGUAUAUGAGGGCUGAGGUGCACGAUUUUUCUUUCUCAAGGAUCAUGGCAGGAUCACAGAACUCUUACACAAGUGAGAUCCAGGUCUCCGAAUAUCUUUUUGUAAAUAAUAAUAAUUAAAAGCUCCUCACCAAAUUCAAGCUUGUAUAUUAUAUUUUCUUUCAAUGUUUUUAAAUUUAAGUUUUAUUGUUUUGUAUGUAAAUAUGUGGACCCAGGAACUGUUAUUAAUGAGCAAAAAGUUACUGUUCAGGGCAGUGAUUCUGUUUAAUAACCAGACAAAAAUGUAGACGAGCUUUUUAAAGCCAUAUAGUUUUAACUCUGUACAGUAGGUACCGGCCUGUAUUAUUGUAACAAUAACUCUAGCAAUGUAUAGUGUAUCUAUAUAGUUUGGAGUGCCUUCGCUUCCAUGUAUUUGGGUUUCUUUGUUUUGUUUUUGUUUUUUAAUCGAUUUCUUUGAUCCAUGCGUCCCUGUCUGUCCCCUUUCCCUCGGAAGUUACAACGUAACAGCACCUUCGCCCCCUCCACAGUUUGCGUGGGGGAGAGGGAGAGGAAACCAUGUUUGGAAUCUCACUUCAGUGUAACCUUGCCUUGGUUUUGGUUCUGGGUGUGUCUGUCUCCUCCUCAGUAACAGCGACCGACCAGUUUCAUUUCACACUUCGUCCCUGCAGGGACUUGGUGGAGCGCGGUGAGUCCUAGAGCUGGAGGUUCUCACAUCGCUUGGGUUUGCUCAUCCUCUCCCCAGGCCCUGACGUGGGCCUGACAGCAGAUUCUGGGAACUCCGUGCUAACUCUCUCCUUACCUACUUCCCUCCCAAACAAGAGAAAGAGGCGUUGGUUUUGUUUUUGUUUUUUUAAAUAAGUCACACUGUCUUGGUGGCAUUUGGGUUUGAUCCGUCAGUGGUCGGGGUGCCCUGAUGACGUCAUUAGCAGUUACUGGCCCGGGUGCUGUGCUGAGGAGGAUUGUCAGAUGGACUCUAAGCCCGUCCCUCCCUCCUGCCAUCUUGUUGGAUGAAACAUCAUUUGAAUUUCUUUUUAAAAAAUCAGUUUCCUAACUGUGCCUAAUAUGGCCUUUUGAAAGAAAAAAAAAGUAUCCAUUUUGCCACCAACUACUUCCUUAUGUCUUGAAUAGAAGAAGGAAAACAAAACAAAAAAAACCACUACCAAACCAAAGGUUGCUAUUUUUGAGACGUCCUGUGUUUAUUGCACAUGGCAGAAGACUGCACCUUCUUUCCCAUAACAUAUGGUGUCAUUUUUUUAAAGUCCUUGAUUUUUUUAGGCCCAUUUAUUAGAUUUGUGUUUUAGCAAAGUAUAUCUACCCGGUCAUCCUGUCCACGCCAAUGCAGAGGUCCUAUGAGGAUUAUAUUCUCUAUCCCUGUGGAUGUAAAGACACUGGCAUUUCUGUUAACAUUUCCUUUCCCUUUGCAAGGGUUUUAACUUUGGAAUCUUCCAAAGGAAGUUUGGCCAAUGCCAGAUCUCCCAGAGUUGGGGUUUUCUUUUUGUUUGUUUCUUUGUUUUAAAUCGAAAAUUGUGUCUGGUUCCUGUUCACACUACUGAUUGUUCUGAUCACAGAGAUGAACACGUUUCUCCCCAGUAUGAAAAUAAGCAUCCUUUAUGGUGAAACCUGUCUUUUCUGGUAGACACUGAAGCCACUGAAAAUAAAGAAACAGCUAGAAGCACAGGAGAGUCCCAGACUGAGGUCUCCUUUGAGAGGAAGGCUCCGGAAGUGAUCCCUGGGGUCUGGAUCUUUUCCAUGGGGUUAUGCCAUUUUAUUCAAGUUUGUCGUCCGUGUGUAUCUCCACAAUUCAAGCAAAACGACAGCCAGCACAUGAGGGUUAGCUUGACAAAGUAGACUACCUUGUGUUCAUUUUUAAUUUUUUUUCUUACUAUAUCUGUCUACAGGCAGAUACAGAUAGAUGUAUGGAAAUGUGCUUGCCUGUAAAAUUUGCAUUUAUAAACGUGUUGCCGAUGGAUCACUUGGGCCUGUACACAUACCAAUUAGCGUGACCACUUCCAUCUUAAAAACAAAUCUAAACAGAAUUUAUUAUUAUUAUAAUAUAUAUAUAUAUAUAUAUAUAAAGGACUGUGGGUUGUAUACAAACUAUUGCAAACACUUGUGCAAAUCUGUCUUGAUAUAAAGGAAAAGCAAACGCUGUAUAACAUUACUACUUGAAUGCCUCUGUGACUGAUUUUUUUUUUUUCAUUUUAAAUAUAAACUUUUUUGUGGAAAGUAUGCUCAAUGUUUUUUUUCCCCCUCCCCCGUUCCCUUGUAAAUACAUUUCGUUCUAUGUGACUUGGUUUGGAAAUAGUUAACUGGUACUGUAAUUUGCAUUAAAUAAAAAGUAGGUUAGCCUGGAAAUGAAAUUACAAUUCACAAGUGUGUGGUCCUUAUUUCAGUGCCCACCUCUCCUCCUUCACCCCGCCCACUUUACCAUUGCAACAUGUAGUCACGUCGCCAUCCGCUCUCCCCUCACCGGGGAGACAUGAAUCCUUGUUAGCAAAGUCAAGAUACGAACACACGACUCGCAUUCUUUGAAAUGACCUUGCUCUGAUGUGUAGACAGGAGGUGCAGCUUCCGGCUUGGAAACCCCUGGACUUAAUGUAGAGGAAGUUUUGCAGACACUGUUUUGGAAGGAAAGAUAAUCUCCCUGAAAGGAACAGUUGUAAAAACAUGUGUACGCUGCUGUCCUUGGUUACUGUGUCCAUGGUUUGGUGUGACUGUAUUUUCUUUUCACUCCAUCUUAUUAGUGAUGGUCUUUGGGAGUCUCUGUAAAACAUGACCACCAUGGACAGUGGGUCUGUGUCACCCAUAUAACCAACACGUGUUUGAGUCUGCUCAUUUCCAAUACUGGAUAAUAUAUGUUAACAUGUUAUGUCUCUUAGUGCAAACAGAAACAUUUUUUUAGGGCUGGCUCAUUGUCAGGCCUAAAGGUUAGAAAUAAGGUCAUGUGACUGCUGCUUCAAUAAAGACAAAUUUAUAUUCGA